AUGGAGGGAUUCGAAAUAGCGAGGGAUUCAAAUUGUGAGGAAUUUGAGUUACUGUGCGAAAAGGAUAUUGCAGAAUUCGGGGUGAAAUUGUUCGAGGGAACGGAGGUACAACACACCACACCUCGCGAAGGCAGGCAGAGGCGCGGAUUCGGCGGCGGGCCGGGCCGGGCCGAGCGGGCGGGCGGGCCCGGCGGCGCGCAGAAGUCGGUCAAGCAAGUAGGGCACCGCCCCCGUCUCCGCCGCCAGCGCCACCGCCACCGCCACCGCCGCCAGCCCCGACGCAGCCGUUGGCCGUUGCGACAGCGUCGAGGCGGCCGUUGCGGCGUCUCCCGACUCGCCGCCCUCGCCCCAGCCCCAGCCCCAGCCGCGGCGCCGUUUCGAUUUGUUUAUUUAUUUAUUUAAAAGGAGUCUGGAUCGCCCAAGAAAGAGGCAGGCGCAACAACUAAGGUGAAGCCGCAACGGACACCAGCCCAAAGUCUGAAGGAAGAAGUAGGUGAAGAAGACGAAGAUGGUGAUGAAGGAGAAUGA